AUAAAAAAAAACAGAGUUGAGGAACAAUGGUGCAACUGUCAUCUCUAAAGGCCAAGCCUUAAAUCUUAUGACCAAACAUUUUAUACACCCUACUCUGUAACUUAUGGAGACAUUCACUGUGUCCUCUCCUCGCCCCGCCUUUGUUUGACUGGUUUCGGCUUAACCAGUUUAGCCUCCCUCUCUGUUUACUCUAUAUAACCUGCACCUGUAGUACCUGCGCGAUCACUUAGCCACUGUGCUGACACAAGUCACUGACAUCCUUCACAGCAGCAGCACAGUAAGAGAGAGAACAGAAAGUUUUCAACAUGUCACUAGACCAUGAGGACUGCUACCUAUGUAAGGAGUCUCUGAGAGACCCCGUGUCCAUCCCAUGUGGACACAUCUUCUGCUCCAUCUGUCUGAAGACGUACUGGGACCAUGCUGAUCACACGGGCAGCUACCUGUGCCCGCAGUGCAGGGUCAGCUACAGCAAGAGGCCCACACCAAGACGCGUCGGAAGCUCUCGGAACUCCAGCCUACAACGCAGCUAUGAAUCCCAACCGCCUACGCCUCCGUCCCCUGACUACAACCAUGCAGGACCCCAAGAUGUAGCCUGUGAUGUCUGCAAGAAGCACAAAGCCGUCAAGACGUGCCUGAUGUGUCUGGCGUCUUUCUGCGAAAAGGAUCUCCAGGCUCACUUUAACUCGCCCACGUUCAAAAGGCACAAGCUGGUGGAUGUGUUGGACGUCCUCGACCGACACGUCUGUCCUCAGCAUCAGAAAGGUCUGGAGCUGUUCUGUCGGACGGACCAGAUGUGUAUCUGUGUGCUGUGUACCGUGAAGGAACACAAAGGUCAUGACAUGGUGUCUGCUGAGCAGGAGCGGGCGGACGAGCAGCAACGUCUGGGUGUUACUCAGGCAGAGAUACAGGAGAAGAUUCAUGACCGACUCAAGCAGAUGGAGGAAAUGAAACAAGCUGUGGAUUCACUCAAGACUUCAGCCCAGAGAGCACUGCAGGAGUGUGAGAAGAUGUUCAGUGACAUGAUGCGCUCCAUCGAGAGGAUGCAGCAGGAGAUGGCCAAGCUGAUCACAUCUAACAAGAGAGCUGCGCUGAACAACGCCGAGGGCCACAUGGAACGUCUGAGCCACGAGAUCGCCGAUCUGAAGAGGAGAGACAACGAGAUAAGCCAGCUGUCCCGCACUGAGGACCACAUCCACUUUAUCCAGAGCUACCACAUGCUGAUCGCCCAGACUGAGGCAGAAGAGUUGCCUACAGUGAGCGUCAAUCCCUACUUCACCUUUGGUCCGGUUACCAAGGCCGUGUCUGAGAUGAAACAGCACCUGAAUGAAUUCAGCAAUGAUGAGCUGGUGAAAGUGGCCAAGACAGUUAACAAAAUGACCUUCUGCCAACUGGAUGAACCUAAAAAGAGACGUUCAAUGAAGAAUGAGGAACAAGCACAAGUGCCAACCAUGUACAAGGCCAUCCCGGUCCAGGAGCCUACACACAGAGACGAUUUCCUGAAAUACGCCUGCCAGCUCACUUUGGACCCAAACACAGCCUACAGACAGCUCUACUUAUCCCGAGGAAACAGGAAAGCGGCCCUAAAGAGAGACCCCCAGAACUACGGUGACCACUCUGGCAGGUUUGACUCCCUGCCUCAGGUCCUGUGUGUGGAGCCUCUCACUGGAGGAGCUUACUACUGGGAGGUGGACUGGAGCGGGGAGGGGGCUGCCAUCGGGGUCACCUACAAGGGCAUCAAGAGGACGGGAUACGGAGACAGCUGUCGCAUCGGGUACAACCGCAAGUCCUGGAGUCUCUUCUGCUCCGACUCGAGCUACUCAGCCCGCCACAACAAAGACCAGCUGGAGAUCAACGCCCCCUACUCGUCUCGUAUCGGUGUGUUCCUAGACCACGCUGGGGGGGUCCUCUCUUUGUACAGUGUAGGAGAAAACAUGUCUCUCAUUCACCGCUUCAAGACCACAUUUAGUGAGCCUGUGUACGCAGGUUUCUGGGUCUGGUAUGAGUCUGCCAUCACCCUCGUCCAGCUGUGAUGAAACAACACACUCACAAUGAUAAAUAUAAAACUGUGAUUCAGUUUGGUACUGGUUUAAAGAACAAAAAUCACUGCUAUCUGUUAUAAUAAAAUAUAUGCUACAAUUUCAGUACAAAGUGAUCAUUUUUAUUGUUAUUUUAGACUUUAUACUGUAUAUUUUGACUAUCAGGGAGCUGUUCUUAAUGACUGUGAAGAUUCUGCAUGUAAACACAUUCUAUCUGAUACCAGGUGAAUAAAUUAAAUAAAUGUCUAAGUUAUGAUUUCGAAUAAUGAAGGCUGUAAUUGAUUGUAAAAUGUGAUGAGAUUAUAUGUAAAGGCUAGGAUACACUUAUUUUUGCCAAUAAACAUUUUAU